AUGAGUUGUUCGUCAUGUUUCUUUUUCCUACUCCUUCUUAUGUCCUUUUUUCAUUUAUGUUUAUCCACUCAAAAUUUCAGUAAUGUACUAUGCAAGGACGUCGAGAGACAAGCACUUCUCCGGUUCAAGCAAGGUGUCAUAGAUCAUGGAGACCAACUUGCUUCAUGGGUUAGUGAGGAAAAAGAGUGUUGUAGUUGGGUUGGGAUUGUUUGUGACAAUUUUACUGGUCAUGUUCAUCAGAUUCGUCUCCGUGGAGUUGAUGGUAAUUGUCGUGUCAACGAUUACACAACUACCAAACCAUACGACGAAGCCUCACAAGAGAUGUUAGGAGGGGAUAUAAGUUCAUCCUUGUUGCAUCUGAAGCAACUCAGACAUCUAGACUUGAGUUGCAAUGAUUUUGGAGGGAUCCAAAUUCCUAGCUUUAUGGGUUCUCUUGCAAAUUUGAGAUAUCUUAACCUCUCGAGUUCCAGAUUUGGUGGAAUUAUCCCUCCUCAACUAGGGAAUCUUUCAGAAUUGCAAGUCCUCGGUCUUGGAAGUUUUUAUGAUAAAACUUUUGGAUCUGAAUCAACUCAGCUAUUGAACAUGCAGUGGUUGUCAAGUCUACGUUCGUUGCAUCACCUGGAUAUGAGUGGUGUGGACCUAAGCAAAGCAAUCAAUUGGUUUCAGGUGAUGAACACCCUCCCUUCUUUGGUCAAACUACAUUUGUCCUCUUGUCAACUCCCUCAUGUACAUCCCUUUGUUCCUAGUCUUAAUAUAACAUCCCUUUCCUUGCUUGACCUUUCUGGUAACUACUUUGAUAGUAGUUUUGUGCCACGGUGGAUUUUCAGUAUAACAGGUCUAGUUUCAUUGGAUUUAACCGAGUGUAAUUUUCAUGGCCCUAUUCCUAGUAGUAUUGAUAGCUUCCGUAACUUGACUGCUCUCAAGUUUCUUCAUGUUUCUGGGAAUGAUUUCAUGAAUUCCUCAUUCGUAUUAAAAGGGUUAUCUAGUAUCGGUAGUACUCUCAUCUCUUUAGAUAUUAGUUCUUGUGGUGUUUCAAGUCCAGUUCUCGACACCCUUCACAACUUGACCUCUCUUCAUAGCCUUGAUAUGUCAAAUAAUCAACUUACCAAGGCAAUACCUAAAUCAUUGGCUGACCUUUGUAGUUUGAGAAAUAUUGAUUUGGAAAACAAUAAUUUUCAAAAUAUGAGUUUGAUAUUCCUUCUUGGAAGUAUUUUCGAGUGCGAAUCACCACGAUUGGAGUCAUUAUCCCUUACAAACUCAAAAAUAUCUGGUCAUCUUCCAGAUUCAAUCGGGAGACUAUCUUUUCUUAGGUCAUUAUCACUUUCAGACAAUCUAAUUUCUGGUUCAAUUCCAAACUCAAUUGGACGAUUAUUGUCGUUGGAGAUAUUAGAUCUACGUAUUAACCAACUAAAUGGCAGCCUUCCUGAAAGCAUCGGUUUACUUUCAAAAUUGGAAUUUUUAGGAUUUUCUUACAAUUUGCUGACGGGUGUCGUGACUGAAGCUCACUUCGCAAAACUAGCAAGACUGAAAGUUUUAUGGGGAACCGGCAACAACUUGGUCCUAAGACCGCGCGUUGCAAACUGGACUCCCUCUUUCCAUCUGCAGACAUUGGGUUUAAACUCUUGGGAUUUAGGUCAUCAAUUUCCAUUGUGGCUACAAUUUCAGAGGAAUUUAAUAAGAUUGGAAUUAAUCAACACAAGCAUUUCAUCAACCAUCCCUGAGUUGUUUUGGAGAUCAAUCCCCAAUCUAGAAACUUUAAAAAUGUCGCAAAAUAAUUUCCAAGGAAGGUUGUUUGGUUUCCCUGCAUCACUUGCAGUUAUCGACUUAAGCUCUAACAACUUUAGCGGGCCAUUACCACAACUCCCAAAAAGUUCUUCUGUGAAUACCCUCGAUCUAUCAAAUAAUUCCUUUGUGGGAUCUUUACAUCAUUUGUUGUGUCUCUAUGGUGGGGAAAGCCUAGAUUUUCUUAAUCUCGCAAACAAUCAACUAUCGGGAGUCAUUCCUAAGUGUUGGGUGAAGUGGCCGAAUUUGUCAUUCUUAAACUUGGACAACAACAAUUUUUCUGGUGUCAUUCCAAGAACAUUGGGAUCUUUAUCGUCACUAGGAACAUUGAACAUGUGCAACAACAAGCUCUCUGGAAGAUUGCCCGUUUCUCUAAGGAACUUGAAGAACUUGGAGAUCCUUCAACUUGCUAGAAAUGAACUUGCUGGAAGAAUUCCAACAUGGUUUGGGAGAGAACUCUCAAGUUUGAGAAUUCUCAACCUUCGUUCAAACAAAUUUGAUGGAGAUAUUCCUCGUGAGCUAUGUGAUCUUACUGUGAUUCGGAUCUUGGUCCUCGCUCAUAAUAAUCUAUCAGGAAAUAUUCCAAGAUGUUUCAACAAAUUCGAUGUCCUCUCAGGGAAAGAUACUACCCCAGAUGGUCGAAUCUUUACUUUAUCGAGACUUGGGACAGACCUUUUGGGUAGUGCCUCUUUGGUUACCAAGGGACGAGAGGACACUUAUAGCACUAUUCUUAGACUAGUGAUGAUAUUGGACCUUUCUAGUAACAAUUUUUCUGGGCACAUCCCAAGUGAGCUGAUGACUCUUCAGGCAUUACAAUCUUUGAAUUUAUCAAGAAAUCAAUUGACAGGAAGGAUUUCAGAGAAUAUUGGAGAUAUGAAAUCACUUGAAUCUUUUGAUAUAUCUCUGAACCAACUUUCUGGGGAACUUCCUAUGAGUUUGUCAAGCUUAAGUUUCUUGAGUAGCUUCAAUGUGUCCUACAACAAUUUGACUGGAAGAGUCCCAUCAAGCACGCAGCUUCAGGGCUUCAAUGAGUCCAGCUUCUUCGGAAACCAACUCUGUGGAGAUCCACUAACUAGACGUUGUAGAAUUGAAGUACCUGAUAGAGACGAACAAGAAGAUCAUGAUGGUUCGCAUGGAACAGAAUGGGGAUUGAUUAUUAGCACAGUGUCUGGAUUUAUUGUUGGUUUUUGGGUUGUCUUGGCUCCAUUGUUAGUUAGCACAUCAUGGAGGAUUACAUAUUUCAGUUUCUUGAGAGAUAUGUGGUAUAAGUUUUAUGAUUUUAUUCGUAAAUACUGCUGUAACAUGUUUCCUAAAUGA